AUGCAUACGUACGUUGAUACGCUACAGGAUUACAGAUCACCGUAUCGUCUUUAUCGACCGUAUCAAUUUGAUGUCCCGCAAACAACCAUUCCAAGCAAUUCAACGAUACUCUAUCGUACUCCAAAUCUUGAUAUUUUAUCAGAAGUUAAUCGACGAUCUAGACGUCUUGAACGUAUUGUAUCUUAUCAAAAAAUUUUAACAAUUACUCAGAUCUGUGAAAUAUUUCAACCAACACUUUUUGCUACAGCUGCAUUUAUAACACUUUACUGUGUUUUGCGACCAACAAAAAGUACCUCACAAAUUGCGAUCGCAUCACUUAUCGCAACAUUAAUACCACUGUUCAUGUUUCCCACUCAAUCACCAUUUGUGCUCAAUGCAAUUGAAGCAGUACGCGUGAGUCGAUCAAUAGAACGGUCAUCUACAGUGACCGAUGGUUUACGAUCUGAAAUUUCAUCAUUAUCAAAUGGUUUGGGUAAUUUCGAACAAUUACAACGAUUAGCACAAUUACCAUUUCUUACGCUUUCUAAGAAUGUUGGGACAGAGGAUUGGAAAUCAACUUCAACAUUUUCAUCACCUGCACCAUCCGUUUCCUCAUCAUCAUCAUUUUACGCAAUUCAACAGCUGCUCAGUUUGCAAUAUUUGCUAAUCGCUUAUGCAUUCUUUUCAUUUGCUUAUUCCAUUCUGUUAGUUUUGAUGCUAAUUUCCUAUGUUCAACUUAUUCAACUACAAUAA